AUGUUGAUUUUAGACCUGAUGGAAGUGAAUGAAGACAAACACCAUUUCACAAAUGAAGAUGGAAAUGCAGUCGUUAUAAAGACUGAAGAGAGUUUCACACAGAAACAAGCUGGAAAAUCUGGAGUCAACGGAUCUUUCACCUGCUCUGAGUGUGGAAAGAGUUUCGUAUAUAAAUCAGACCUUAAGAGACACAUGAUGAUUCACACUGGAGAAAAAAUGUUCUUCUGUUUUGAGUGUGGAAAGAGAUUCUUUCAAAAAGGAAAUCUUAACACACACAUGAGAAUUCACACUGGAGAAAAACCGUUCACUUGCUCUCAGUGUGGAAAGAGUUUCAGGUGCAAAGGCUCUCUCGAUGAUCAUCUACGCUGUCACUCUGGAGUGAGAUCAUUCAGCUGUGAUCACUGUGAUAAAACAUUUGUUGUGGAAUCAAACUUAAGAAGACACCUUAAAGGUCAUGCUGGUGUAAAGCCUCACUUCUGUUCUUUUUGUGGAAAGAGUUUUUCACUACUGCAGACUUUAAAAGUGCAUGAGCGUAUUCAUACUGGUGUGAGACCUUAUAUGUGCUCUGACUGUGGAAAGACCUACCCUAGAUACAGUGCCUUACAAACACACCAGAGAGUUCAUACUGGAGAGAAACCGUACAAGUGUUUACACUGUGGAAAGAGUUUCUCUCAGUCAGGACACCUGACAGCUCAUGAGAGAGUUCAUACUGGAGAGAAACCGCACCAGUGCUCUACAUGUGGGAAGAGUUUCAGCCUAUUGUCUAAUCUACAGCGACAUAAGAAAAAGUAUUGCCCGAAGUUGUUUAAUGAGCAAAGGUUCUUCCUUAAAUUCCUGGGUGAAAGAUCCUUUAAGUUCAGUGUUUUGGGUUUGCCUGUGUGUGAUUUCUUCUCCAUCUGUGAAAAUGAGGUUUUUGACACAGAUGGGGAUGUCUUCACCCUCCUUAAAGAUCACUGUUGCCCCGCUGGAAGUUGCAGCUCUCACGGAGAAGAUGUCUUUGGGAUAGGAGGGGAUGUACAGUGCCUGCUUCAGUGUGGCACUGAGGUGCCGCCCCCUGCUAUCGACAAGACACACCUCUGCUUCUCCUCUACGCUCCUCGACCCCCUUGCACCUUGUGCCAUCGGCCAGCUCCACGCAGUGCGUCUCGGCCUGGAAUCGGUCGUCGAAGCUCUUAAACCUGGCCAGGUCGGUGAUGAUAUGCGAUGUCGCACCGGUGUCCACCAUCAACCCCUUUCUGGUGACACCGCUCCCUGGCUGAUGAUCACUGACCUGAUGGAAGUGAAUGAAGACAAACAGCAUCAGUUUCAAAAACCUAAUUAUUUCACAAAUGGUGAUGGAAAUGCAGUCGUUUCAAAGACUGAAGAGAAUUUCACACAGAAACAAGCUGGAAAAUCUGGAGUCGAAGGAUCUUUAACCUGUUCUGAGUGUGGGAAAUGUUUCGUAUCUAAAUCAAACCUGAACACACACAAGAUGAUUCACACUGGAGAAAGGUCUUAUACAUGCACUCAGUGUGGAAAGAGUUUUAAUCGCAAAGGACACCUAAAUGAUCACAUGAGAAUUCACACUGGAGAAAAACCGUUCACAUGCACUCAGUGUGGAAUGAGUUUCGGUCGCAAAAGCUCUCUCAAUGAUCAUCUGCGCCUUCACUCUGGAGUGAGAUCAUUCAGCUGUGAUCAGUGUGAUAAAACAUAUAGUUUUUCACAACAUGGAUCUUUAAAAGCGCAUGAGCGUAUUCAUACUGGUGUGAGACCUUAUAUGUGCUCUGACUGUGGAAAGACCUUCAUGAGAUCCACCCACUUAAAAUCCCACCAGAAGAUUCACACUGGAGAGAAACCAUACAAGUGUUCACACUGUGGAAAGAGUUUCUCUCAGUCAGGAAACCUGAAAGAUCAUCAGAGAGUUCAUACUGGAGAGAAGCCGCACCAGUGCUCUUUAUGUGGGAAGAGUUUCAGUCAUUUAUCUACUCUACAGCGACAUAAGAAAAAGUUUUGCCCAAAGGUGUUUAAGUGA